AUGUCAACGUUACAAAUCAUCGAUAUGAUAAUCACCUACAUUUUCUUUGGAAUCGUAUUUAUCUUCGUCAUGGGUGUCGUUUUCAAGGUCAUGAGUGUCAUUUUAAAGAUCAUGAGUGUCAUUAUCAAGUUGACGAACUUCAUUAUCAGCUUGGUAUCCUAUGGCAUCAGAUAUUACAAUCACAUCAACCGUAUGGUUCAUGACCUUCAAAUGUCAUUGUUUAGUAUUGCUCAACAAUUAGAACAACUAGAGAAGGAUAUGGCCCAAUUGAAGGAGUCACACCUCAUUACCACUGCAGUCUUCAACAAGCUAGUUACCAAGGAGAGGGAAAGGGAAAUCUACGGGUCCGGUGGUGGUGGUGAUGCCAGUGGAAAUGGGGUUUGGCGUGCAUAUGCACAAUUGGAAGGGGAAUAUAGCCAGAUUGAUAGUGGUGAUGAUUCCACCGAUGAGACCUAUGUCUACCAAUAG